AUGCGCGUCCCAGACCUUAUCAGUGGUUCUCAACCGGAUAGCGAUGCGACUUCGCAACGGGCGCGGCGAGGUCGCGGGGGUGUCAGCUCGUCAACAUCUACGUAUACAUCCUCACCAUCGCCGGAGCAUGUUGAACAAGCAGCAGCGUCGGAAGUGGUAGCCCCAGUCAGAAAGAGAAGAAGGAUAGGCAGCUCAACAGGAGGUACUACUUACGCGCGCAGGAAACGAGCCGUGACAGCCUGCCAGUUUUGCCGUUUGCGCAAGACGAAAUGCGACAAUGUGCGUCCCAUUUGCGGCUUCUGCCAGCACCAUCGCGCGGUCUGUGUCUACAGCGAGGAGGAUGACGGAAAUGGCACUGUACCUGGUCAAUCGCAAGAAGAAGAUGCCAGCGCUGUCAUCUUGGAGCGAUUGGAAGAGAUCAAACAGCUCCUGCAACGCCCCCCGGCGGCUCCGGAGGGCGUGCCGCCAGUUUCCGAGUAUCCGGUGUUUCAUCCGGAACCCACAACUUCGGCCGCCGGAGCCGGCCCGUUGCCGGGGCACCGUGCGUUUGACGCCGAAGACGACCACACCCACCGCGGGGAGACGUCGCGAACGCUCUACUCCGCGCUGCGAUGUGAGUCUAUGUUGCGUUGGCCUGUUUUCGACGGCAUCAUCCCGGAAGAUGAUGCGCGGAUAGAAUCUUUCAUACUCGAAUUCGGCCCAGAUCUUGAUGACGCCCCUCAUGCGCACGGAGGUUCAUGGGGGCGAGAUGGCCCAUCUUCACUAUUAUCAGCGACCGCUGGUCCCGGAGUGAGAGACGACGCCUUCGUGCCGCUAUGCCAGAAGUUCUUGAUGCAUGUUCACCCCCGGAAUCCCAUUCUCGAGGGAAGGGAGCUCAUGGGCUACGCGACGCGAGCGGCGGAACAUGGCGUGGGAUGGGAUUCUGCCUCAUGUCUGGUGCCGAUAAUCGAGCCCGAAGACUGCGGCGUGGCAGACGCCUACUACCUAGCCGCGUCGAAGCGCAUCGGGCUGCUGGGCUCAUCCAUUCUCGAUAUCCAGUGUCUUUUCUUAGCCUCCAUGUACGAGAAGUGCCGUCUACGACCGCUGAGGGCAUGCUUCUACAUCCAGCAGGCGUCGACGAGGCUUCAGGCCCAUCUCCUCCGAAGAGGUCGUCGGCCGUGGAGGGAAACCAGCGGGAGGGAGGAGCCCACGCAACCGCUCGAGCAGAGGGUAUUCUGGUCAUGCUUUAAAGCCGAAAAUGAGAUACUGCCUGCGCUCGGAAUGAGAUCAAGCGGCCUCGAAGACUUCACGUACCCGGACUCCUUCCCUGCUCCGCCGUCCACUCUGUCGUCCACCAGCUACGACGCCGGCGACUACGCGUGGUCUCCCAUGUCGGACGACCAGCAGCGCGUCGAGGAGGAGCGGAGCUGGCUGUACUAUCUCGCCGAGAUUUCGCUCCGGCGCACCAUCAAAGACACCAUGGCCGUGUUGUACCGCAAAGGCGAGACAUACUGGCUGCAGAACGAGCAGGUCCUGGUGCGACAGUAUGACGAGUUUGAAAAGGAGAUAACUCAAUUGCAUUCUCACCUGCCGCCCCUGAUCCAGUUCGACGAACACAGGCACGCCAACAACGAGCUUUCGUUCUACUUACAGGGCCGCUUCCAGGGGUGGCGCGAGUCGACUCUGAGGCCGCUGCUCUAUUGCGCGCUCCACGCUCCUGCCGGUCAGAGAGGUUUGAACGCGCGGGUUGUCGAGCUGGCGCAGAAGGCGGUGGACACGUGCGCGGCGAUGGUCGUCAAGACGGCGCAUCACCAUCGUCACGGGGGAAGCUGGUUCGUGGCCAGGAGGGCGUUCUCGUGUGCGGUCAUGAUACUCGCCGCGAGGCUGCGAAACGGCGGCCCCGUGCGGACGCCACGGAACUGGGCGUCGCUGGUGCGGCUUGCGCUGAGGGUCCUGCGGCGAUGGGGGAGGGAGGCUCGGGACGUCGAUCGGAUGAGGUCCACGCUGGAGCGUCUUUUCAACCAGGUGCAGAAGAGAUCGGAACCAGAAACCGGUCCUCUGGGGUAG